AGGAGGGACGAAGGAGCCGGGGAGGUUGCAGCCGCGCGAUGGGGGACUCCAAAGUGAAGGUGGCGGUGCGCGUCCGCCCCAUGAACCGGCGAGAGCUUGAUCUGCAUACAAAAUGUGUGGUGGAUGUGGAUGCAAACAAGGUUAUUCUUCAUCCUGUAAACACCAACCUUUCAAAAGGAGAUGCCAGUCGGAGCCAGCCAAAGGUGUUUGCCUACGAUCACUGCUUUUGGUCUAUGGAUGAGUCUGUCAAAGAAAAAUAUGCAGGUCAAGAUGUUGUUUUCAAGUGCCUUGGAGAGAAUAUUCUUCAGAAUGCCUUUGAAGGCUACAAUGCUUGCAUCUUUGCCUAUGGGCAAACUGGAUCUGGGAAAUCAUACACAAUGAUGGGUACUGCUGACCAACCUGGAUUAAUCCCUAGACUUUGCAGUGGACUUUUUGAAAGAGCACAGAAAGAAGAAAAUGAAGAGCAGAGUUUCAAAGUGGAAGUAUCUUACAUGGAGAUAUACAAUGAGAAAGUCAGAGAUCUUCUUGACCCAAAAGGAAGCCGUCAGUCAUUAAAAGUUAGAGAACACAGCGUUUAUGGUCCCUAUGUAGAUGGCCUAUCCAAACUAGCUGUGGCUAGCUACAAGGACAUUGAAUCCUUGAUGUCUGAGGGCAACAAAUCUCGAACUGUGGCUGCGACCAACAUGAAUGAGGAGAGCAGUCGGUCCCAUGCAGUCUUCAAGAUUAUCCUCACCCACACACUCUAUGAUGUGCAGUCAGGGACAUCAGGUGAGAAGGUGGGCAAGCUGAGUCUGGUGGAUUUAGCAGGUAGUGAAAGGGCAACAAAGACUGGUGCUGCAGGAGACAGGCUGAAAGAAGGAAGCAACAUUAACAAAUCCCUCACAACUCUUGGGCUGGUCAUUUCUGCCCUGGCAGAUCAGGCUGCUGGCAAGAACAAGAACAAAUUUGUUCCUUACCGUGAUUCUGUGCUCACUUGGCUACUUAAAGAUAGCCUUGGUGGCAAUAGCAAGACUGCCAUGGUAGCCACAGUGAGCCCAGCAGCAGACAACUAUGAUGAGACCCUUUCCACACUGAGGUACGCAGACCGGGCCAAGAACAUCGUGAACCACGCGGUGGUGAACGAGGACCCCAACGCUCGCAUCAUCCGCGACCUCCGCGAGGAAGUGGAGAAGCUGCGGGAGCAGCUCACCAAAGCAGAGGCUAUGAAAUCACCAGAAUUAAAAGAACGACUGGAGGAAUCAGAAAAGUUGAUUCAGGAAAUGACUGUCACCUGGGAAGAAAAACUAAGAAAAACUGAGGAGAUAGCACAGGAGCGUCAGAAACAGUUGGAAAGCCUUGGCAUCUCCCUUCAGUCUUCUGGGAUAAAAGUUGGGGAUAACAAAUGCUUCCUGGUGAAUCUGAAUGCAGAUCCAGCUCUCAAUGAACUUCUGGUGUACUAUUUAAAGGAGCACACAUUAAUAGGCUCAGACAAUUCUCAAGAUAUCCAGCUGUGUGGAAUGGGAAUUCUUCCUGAACACUGCAUCAUAGACAUCACCCCAGAAGGACAGGUUAUGUUAACACCUCAAAAGAACACUAGGACGUUUGUAAACGGUUCAGCUGUCGUGUGUCCUAUCCAGCUGCACCAUGGAGACAGAAUACUGUGGGGAAACAACCACUUCUUCAGGCUCAAUUUGCCAAAGAAGAAAAAGAAGGCAGAUCAUGAGGAUGAAGAAAGAGAGAACUCUAUGAAGUACAGCAAUAGUGCUGAGCAGCUGGACAUAGAUGGAGACAAUUCCAGUGAAGUGUCUAGUGAGAUUAACUUCAGCUAUGAAUAUGCCCAGAUGGAAGUCACAAUGAAAGCACUUGGUAGUAAUGAUCCAAUGCAGUCAAUCUUGCAAAGCCUGGAGCAGCAGCAUGAAGAGGAGAAGAGAUCUGCUCUUGAGCGACAGAGGCUGAUGUAUGAACACGAACUGGAGCAGCUCCGGAGGCGACUGUCGCCAGAGAAGCAGCAUUUCCGCAGCAUGGAGAGGUUCUCCUUCCAUUCUCCCAGCGCUCAGCAACGCCUGCGGCAGUGGGCGGAGGAGAGAGAAGAAAUGUUGACCCACAGCCUGAGAAAGCUGCGAGAGCAGAUUGUUAAAGCAAAUUUGUAUGUGAGAGAAGCCAAUUUUAUUGGAGAGGAGUUGGACAAGAGGACAGAGUAUAAAGUUACCCUCCAGAUCCCAGCUUCAAGCCUUAAUGCUAACAGUAAGAGAGGUGCAAUUCUCAGUGAGCCAGCUAUUCAGGUGAGGAGGAAAGGCAAAGGCAAACAGAUUUGGUCACUGGAAAAGCUGGAGAAUCGAUUGGUAGACAUGAGGGAUCUUUACCAGGAGUGGAAAGACUGUGAGGAAGACAACCCAGUGAUGAGAGCUUACUUCAGGCGAGCUGAUCCAUUCUAUGAUGAGCAGGAAAACCACAGCCUUAUCGGAGUGGCCAAUGUUUUUCUGGAGUGCCUGUUCUAUGAUGUGAAGCUACAAUAUGCUGUUCCAAUCAUCAAUCAAAAGGGAGAGGUGUCAGGUCGUCUCCAUGUUGAAGUUGUUCGAGUGAGUGGAGAGAUAGACGACAGGUUGGUUGGAGGUGAGGAUAGCCCGGACUGCUCAACUGAAAAUGACACUCAAGAGAGAAAACUUGUCUGCAGGAUUAAAAUACUUCAGGCUACAGGCUUGCCACAGCACCUCUCCAACUUUGUGUUCUGCAAAUACACAUUCUGGGAUCAACUGGAGCCUGUUAAUGUUGCACCUGAGGUGGACCCUUCCCUAUCUUCUGUCAGCAAGGAGCCACGGUGCAUGGUUGUCUUCGAUCACUGCAAUGAAGUUUCUGUAAAUAUCUCUGAAGACUUCAUGGAGCAUCUCUAUGAAGGUGCCUUGGCCAUCGAAGUGUAUGGGCACAAGCAGAGUGGGGACCGCAAAAAUCCAGCCCUGUGGGAUCUGGGAAUAAUCCAAGCCAAAACACGCAGCCUUCGUGACAGGUGGAGUGAAGUUACCCGAAAAUUAGAACUCUGGGUUCAAAUUCUAGAGCUGAAUGAGAAUGGAGAAUACUGCCCAGUUGAGGUGACUCCUGCCAAGGAUGUAUGCACAGGAGGCAUCUUCCAGCUCAGACAGGGGCAAUCACGACGGAUUCAAGUUGAAGUGAGAUCCGUGCAGGAAUCUGGGACCUUGCCACUGAUGGAGGAAUCAAUAUUGUCUGUUGGCAUUGGCUGUGUUCAAAUAAAACAUCUCAAGCCACAAAAAGUACCUGAAAACUAUCUGGAAGAAGAGGAUGAGAUGGACAGUUACCAGGAUAGGGAUUUGGAAAGGCUCCGUCGGAAGUGGCUGUGUGCCUUAACGAAGCGUCAGGAGUAUCUCGAUCAGCAGCUGCAAAAACUCGUUGGGAAGCCUGAUAAAACAGAAGAUGAUGCAGACAGGGAGGCACAGCUUUUGGAGAUGAGGCUAACACUCACUGAAGAGAGGAAUGCUGUCAUGGUUCCUUCUGCUGGCAGUGGGAUCCCUGGAGCUCCGGCGGAGUGGACUCCUGUGCCUGGUAUGGAAACUCACAUCCCUGUUAUUUUCCUUGACUUGAAUGCUGAUGACUUCAGUUCCCAAGAUAACCUUGAUGACCCAGAAGCAGGUGGAUGGGAUGCUACACUUAUUGCAGAAGAGGAGGAGGAAUUCUUUGAACUGCAGAUUGUGAAGCAUCAUGACAGUGAGGUGAAAGCAGAAGCCUCCUGGGAUUCCACAGUCCAUGACUGUAUCCAGCUCAGUAAAGGAACAGCAGCAGAUGAAAGGGUUUACCUGAUUGUGAGAGCCACUGUCCAGCUCAGCCACCCUGCAGAAAUGCAGUUAGUGUUGCGCAAACGCAUCUGUGUGAACGUCUAUGGCAGACAGGGCUUUGCACAGAGUUUCCUCCGGAGAAUGUCUCACCGAAGUUCCAUUCCUGGCUGUGGUGUCACUUUUGAGAUAGUCUCAAAUAUUCCAGAGGAUGCUCAAGGAGCUGAAGAGCGGGAGGCACUGGCCAGGAUGGCAGCCAAUGUGGAGGAUGCAGCUUCAGCUGACUCCGAAGCCUACAUCGAGAAGUACCUGCGGAGCGUGCUGGCCGUGGAGAACAUUCUCACCUUGGAUCGCCUGCGCCAGGAAGUUGCUGUAAAAGAGCAGCUAAUGGGAAAAGGAAAACUCUACCGCAGGAGCCUGAGCUCUCCCAACGUGAAUCGGCUUUCUGCAAGUCGCCAGGAUUUAGCACCCCUUUAUAGCCUGAGCAGUAACCGGAGUCUAAAGGUGCCAGCAGAGGGCCGAUGGGAGAGUCAGCAAGAUGUAUCCCAAGGUGCCACAAACUCCAGUAGAGGCAUUAGUCCAUCUCGUACCUCUCUGCCAGGCUCUGGGCAGCAAAACCACUCUCCUGAUCCAGGUAUUGGUAGCCUUGCUGCUUCAUAUCUGAAUCCUGUCAAGUCUUUUGUACCUCAGAUGCCAAAGCUGCUGAAGUCUCUCUUUCCUGUUAGAGAUGAGAAAAAGGGCAGGCAGACCUCUCCUCUUGUACAGCAGGCUGUCCCACGGAUCAUGGUUCAGUCUGCCAGCACCGAUGCCAGUGCCGCAAAGAUAAAACAGAUGAACCAAGAAGAAGUAGGGAAACAGCCAUGUGAAACUGCAGUGCAGACAUCUGAGGCGGACAAGAGUCUGGAAAAGACAUCCAAAGUGCCUUUGCAGCAGCCCACAGGAGACACCCAGGUGCAGGACUCCCAGGAAGGACCUCCGAGCCCUCUGAGUGAAGCCUCCAGUGGGUACUUUUCUCAUAGUGUUUCAACAGCCACCCUCUCUGAAGCCCUUGCAGCAGGAAGUGAUGUUGUGGCUCAACCAGGAGGUCAAAUGCCUGCAGUGAGUGACUUCCCAGCUCCUGCUGUGGCUCAGAUCUCUUCUUCUGAUGUACCAGGGCACUCAGAAAGUCCUUCAGAAAGCUGUCUCGGUACUAAGAGAGAAAGUCUGCCUGCCUCCAGCUUUCAAAGUGCUCAUGCAAGACCAAAAGAGAGCACUGAAGUGAAUGGAAAUGAUGCUUUGAAAUCAAAAUCUUGCACAUCUCCUGUGACUCAAAGUGAGCAGGCAAAUGAAGCCUCUGUAGCCAUCAAUGCAAGACCCUGUCUUUCUACCUCCACUCCAAAGAAGGAGUUGUCACCCAAACAAUCAAUGGAAUCAUCAGGACCAGAUAGGAAAAAAGAAAUGGCUUCUGGGGCUUCAGAACUGGCGUUUCCCAAAUCACAGGUUCACCCUGACCAGUCAUGCCAGCUCAGUGUUGCAGCCUCCCCCUUCAAGAUCCAGAAAGUGAAGACUUCAGAGCUAAAGUCCUUCACGAGCAUGCUGGGGCCAGAUACCUCCUGCUCACUGCACACAGAAGAGCAACAAGAAGGAGGAAAGAGCACACCCGCUGCCCAUGGACUGAACCAUAACGGAUCAGAGGUGGCAGAAGAAAAACUGGAAGUGACUUCUGACUCUGAAGAUGCCAAUGAAAUUCCUGAGUGGCUGAAGGAGGGAGAGUAUGUCACAGUUGGCACAAAUAAGACAGGCAUUGUCAGAUACAUUGGACCCACAGACUUUCAAGAGGGAACAUGGGUUGGUGUCGAACUGGAUUUACCUUCAGGUAAGAACGACGGCUCCAUCGGCGGCAGGCAGUAUUUCCGCUGCAACCCCGGCUACGGGCUGCUGGUCAAACCGGGCAGGGUGAAGAAGGCCACGGGAGCGGCCAGGCGGCGCAGCGCCGGCCUCAGGCUGCAAGGAGGAGCCGCCGCUGCCGACAGUAGGAAGAGCGGCAGCUUCUCCGGUUCGGCCUCCAACCUGGCUUCCCUCACGGCCCUGGCCAAGUCGGAGGGCGGCUCCGCGCUGCGAGCAGAGAAGAGCCAGCGGCACGCCGAGAACAGGAAGUCCUGGGCCAGCUGAGCCCUGCCGCCGCCGCGGCGCACACAGGGCCGCAGCGCUCCGCGCCCCGCCGCGCUCCGCCAGCCGCCGCAGCGCCUGCUUUGUGGCGAACACUCAUGAAGGCUGCUUCCUCUCUGCUCGGGCUGAUCGACACGUUAAUUCUUUGCCGGGUCGUGGUGCUGGAUCUAGGUCCUUCGCUUCCUGUUACAAAUUGUAACGCUUCACGGUGCGACUGACGGUCCCGGGUGAGAGCUGCCGGUGGUGGGUGGGUGAGUGUCAGCUCUGCCCUCGUCUUCCUUUGGGAAGAAAGGGAGAGCCACAGAAGUCGUUCAGAUCGUGCCACGGCUGCGGAGUCCUCCCCAGGCAGUGCUGCUCCUCCCAGCGUGCUGCUGAUUUUAAAGUAAAGCCUCCCCAGAGGAGCAGUUCCCUCCUGGUGUCCCCAAGGGCUGUGUCCCUAGCAUGUAAGCACAUGGUGAGAGGGCAAGGUUGGGGUCCAGACAGGCAGAGAAGUGAAGCUCACACUUUAUUGGGAAAUGAAGACAUCCCCCACAGCCCAAACCGCUUUAUUUAAGCAGAAAACAGCAGCUUUUGGGAUAUGUGAGCUGGCAGCAGGGCCUGGUGUGGUUCCUGCCCUGCUGUGGAGAUCAGCGCAGCCUGUCCAGCUGGUGUGGUGGGAAUGGGAGGAGGUCCAGGACCUGCUCCGUUACAGUUUUGAUCCCUUCUAUUUGGGAAAGAGGAGAGCUGAGCGAAUUUUCUGUCUGAGCUACUUCAGGUGCACUCUCACCAUGGCAGGAUCCUGUCUCUGACUUGCCCCACAGUGCCAGCACCUGCUUGGUUCUGCCCAGGGGGCCAAGAGGGUUUUUAUAGCGGUGCGAGCCCUGGAGCGCUUCCGUGUGCCCGGCCAGCCUUUGGGCACUGGGCAGCAGAGUGUCUUUGUCACGGGGUUACUGCAGCCUAUUUAUUUGUAUUUAUUGUCUUAAGCUAUGAAACGUCUGCGCCCUACAAUCGUCCACUGCCUGACCUCCCACAGAGGAGCUCUGCUAGCACCGCGCCGAGCGCUGGUCCAUAGAGGAGGUGCCUCCGCCACCAGCUCAGCCCUCCCAGCAGCACAGCAAAGCAAAACCUGGGGGAACGGCUGAGAAGUCCUCUCCAAAACCGAUUCCCCUCCUCAAAGUGGGAGGUUUGGGCUGGCUUUUUAAAAAAAACAACUGGAUUUUAUUUUUGGUAACUUGGUAGUUUUUAACUGCCUGUGGCCCAGGCUCUGUGCUCCUGUCCGCACAUUGUGUCUGUGCCUGUGCACAUAUCAGUGUACACAGGCUCAUUUUCUAACAGAUGGAGAGAGGCCACAGAGUUUUAUAUCCUGAGCUCUUUAUAUCUUGUUUAGUCAUCACAAGGGGACUGGACAGCUUGAGCAAUAGACGUUUUAUCUACGUGGAGACAACUUAGGAUGCUAAAUUAAUGAUUAGACUUUAAUAUGUGUCUAGUUGGUGCCCGUGCUGCACGUGGGUAACUUAAGUGCCUUAACCAUCUGGUUCAGAGGUCCAAGGGAAAGAUACAGAGUCAUCAGAGGAGCUGGGGAAGCUCAGCGAAGGAGAUAAUUAUGCUGAUUUACUGUAAUUAAUAUCAUUUAUGCAGAAGGAAUAAAAUUAAAAUAGAAACUAAUCUGUAGCAGAAGUAAGUGGGAUGGGUUACAAUGCAGCAUGCGUAGUACUGCCAGGGAUUCAUCUAUCCUCUCAGCUUUCUGUAAUGAGUUUCAGUGUUUCCUAAUUUUUCCUACAGAAAUCCUAAUGUAAAAAUGUACAAAGAAGCCUUCAACCAUAUUUUUAGUGUACAGGUCUUCCUCCUUUUCCUUUGCAUGGAGCUCCUGUCCUUUCAAGCCAAGGGGAUGGGAGAAAUUCAGCAAUAAAGAGUUAAGACACUAAAAUCCUGGGGUUUUAAAACCCUAACUGUUUUCCUAGACCUGAGUCAUGCAACAAAGCCAACAUUUCAUUGUGGGCUGUGACAAGUUGUGAUGAUGACAGAUUGCCCUCCUCUGAUUCCUACCAUGCCCCUUCUACUGCCUUUUGAGGUUCCUAAACUCCGUCUUUGCCGUUUUUCUAUUGCACUUUGUUCUGAUGUGCUGCUGAAGUCUGACUGGUGGGAAGCAGCCCCCAAACCCGUAGUUGUGUUUUUUAGUCGCAGCAUUUCAUUGACUGGGUUUAGGGAGAUCCCAACAUCUCCUGGGUGUUUGCUAGGUGGAGGUACAUUUUGGGGAGGUAUGAAGGGAAAAACCUGUCCAAGUCCUUCAGAAGCCUUGUUCCUUGCACCAGUGUCUCUGGAGCUCAGCAAGACCAAUGUGAAGGUGUGAGAGUCACAGGAGUGAAAGGGUCAGGCAGGGGGCAGUUGGGUUAAUAGUUCACUGUUGCUGCUGCCCACUCUAAAUUCCUCAGGCCCUGUUUGUACUUCAGCUCCAGCGGCAUGAAGACGAGUUUCAUUGUUUGCAUAUCUGGGACACGUGGUUGGAGGCUGCAGCUGACUGAUUCAGGGUGGUUUUCCUCUCCCGCCUGCCCUCGGGCCUGUUCCAGAACCAUGUUGUGUAGAUUUAGAGGAGUCCGAGACACACUUUGAGCAGCACAUUCUUGCUGCCUCCCUCCUCUGGGAUAACUUGUCCUGGAAGCAACAAAUAUGGAUAGUAUGUUUAGAAACAUCCACGAAUGCCUAACAUGAUGACCUGGCUCUGUUAACAGAGCAGCUGGCUGACUUUGGUGGGACGAGAAUGUUACUCUCAGUUUUUACUAGCUUUUUUGUCUUUUUGGAACUAAACCUCUCCUCAGCUCACCCCCAUGACACCUGUUCCAAAAAUGAUACCUUGACCAAAUCCCUCCAGUGCAGUGCAAGCUCAAGAAAGCCAAACAAAUAAAUUGGGCCGUGAGGACUUUCUUAGAGGACUUCUCUGACUCCCUUCCACUCACCUCAACUUUCUUGGGCUCAUGAGGCUUCUUCUGAAGGUAUUUUCCAGGGUUUUGGCACAGGAGGUGCACAUCCCUCUACUCAAAGCCAUCUGUUACUCUGAAGCAGCUAAGCCAACUAAACAGAAAACAUAUUAACACCACAGUGAAGGUUAGAGAUGGAUUUGUUUUUACUGAGAACAUGAAACAAACCUCAACACUCAGCAUGGAGGAGGAGGUGCUCUGAACUGGCACUGCCCCGUGGCUGGGGCUGCCAUCUUAAUAGCUAUGCAUAUUUUCCAAGAGUUUCAUGCACUUUAUACAGAGAAGAAGGUGAUUUAAUGCCAGACCUGUGACUUGUAGCAAGCAUCUCAUUCCUUGUGUCUGCUGGAUGGAGCAAGCUCAGUUUCUGUGUCCCCAGGCUGAGGAGGGGUCUGAGAUUCUGGGUAUAGAAACUUGCGUCUGAGAAGUAACAGGCUGGACCUGAGUCUGCAGAUGUCCCUGCCUUGGCAUGGGGCACAGAGUUCUGAAGGAUGGUGUGGUUUGCUCCGAGACAGCCAAGAGAGACUUCUUCUCAGAGGUACUUUUUGGGCUUUUCUCAAACCAAGCCAAACCUUUCUCCUGUGCUAUGUUCAGCCCUUGAAGUGUUUUGAUCUCUGUGUCCAUAAUAAUACCUUUACACUUCGAGGGCCUUGGCUCUGUGCUGUUUAAUGAUGUAGUUUAGUUGAGGAAAACUGAGGAUAGAAACAAGUUCUGUGUGGUGACACUGCCCAAGUCCUUAUAAAGAGAGUUUUGUCAGUGGUUGAGUUGGAAGCUCUCCACCGCUGAUGUUCAGUGUCCCUUUGCUCUUUUAGGAGCCAAGAAGCCUUCCCCAUCCCUAUCUGUCACUCAUGUAAGCCUGCAUGAAAUGAGCCCCUGUGUUUGUAUGGUAGCAGAGCUGUGGCAGUCUUUGCUGUGUUGAUGCUUGUGUUGUCCUUACUCUGGUACUGCCAGUUCUUUGCACAACAAGUUCCGGUUUUGCAGUGCCUUAUCUCUGGGUCAGCAACUGGCACAGCCAGGGACUGGGUUUCACACCAACCCGAGGCUGCCCACCUGUUAGGAGAGGAAGACUGCGAUGAGUCAAGGUGCAGCCUGGUCACAGUAAAGAACAGGCUUGAGCUGGGGCCACAAAUAAGCGUCUUGUUCCUAGGUCUCCUUUACCUGGCUUUGCUUUGGUUUCUGGGCUCUCCACCCUCCUCCUAAACCACUGUGAUGUUUCCUCCCCCCAUCAAGAGUGGCUCAGCUGCUGCUGUCGGCUGUGAGCCAUGGGUUCAGCCGGCGGCAGAGCCUUCUGGCACAGCCUUGUCCUGGCAGUGGGAAGAGCGGGGACGUGGGUUGGGGCUCCUCAAAGGCAGCGAGAGUCAGGGGUGCCUGGCGCAGAGCGGGAGGGAAGCGUGGAAGCAUUUCCCCCUCAGCGGGAGCAGUGCUUUUGUUGGGCAGGAGCAGGCAGCUGCUCCCCCGCUCGCUUUCCCCUGCCAAACCGAUUCCGCAGCCGAUCCCGGAGCCGCGCUGCGAGCAGUACCCAGCGGGGUGUGAAUCGGAGCGCUCCCGCCUCGCUCGCUGUCUGCAGCGCUGCUCCUCCCCGGCCGUGCUCAUGGAGCCCACCUACGUUUGGCUUUAUCCCCACCGCUCUGCCGUCCAGCGCGGCCCGGGACAGCCUUUGCAGCUCGCCUGUCUGUGGAUGUCUGUAAAUGUAGUGGGUCUGUAUAUAAUGAGUGGCUGCUGCGGCUGUGGCGUUGCGUGUCGGAUCGGUGUUACUCUAAAUGAGCUGAAAUCCAAAGAUACUUUGUAAUGAGCUGUAAAGUUUUUAAUUAUUUCUGUACAGUACUAAAUUGCUGUAAUAUUGUAUUAUACAUGCCAUGCAGCCUGCAGGAUCUAAAUAAACAUCUUCUUUAGAGCCAAAA